AUGUCACUAGAUGAUACCGUAUCCAAACAACUAGAAAUGAUGUGGAAGAUAGAGGAAGUACAAUCAGCUGAAAAAUCGUGGUCACCAGAGCAAUCGAAGUGCGAGACCUCCUAUCAAGAAACAGUUCGACAAGCUAUGGACAGAAGAAUUGUAGUUCGAUUACCAUUUAAGGAACCACCAACCACCCUCGGUCUGACACGCAGAAUUGCCUUGCGUCGACUUCUAGGUAUAGAACGACGCUUAUCAUCCAAUCCUGCAUUAAAACGCGAUUACUGGGAGUUCAUGAAACAAUAUCUGGAGUUAGGGCAUAUGACGCGCGUCGAAGAUCCCAAAUUGAACGAACCGCAUUACUAUAUCCCUCACCAUUGUGUUCUGAAGCCUUCCAGCACGUCAACAAAGUUGAGAGUAGUUUUUGACGCAUCAUGUCCAACCUCAUCUAGUCGUGCGCUAAAUGACAUUUUGCUGGUAGGCCCUACCAUUCAGCCGGAACUAUAUCUGCUCCUUCUUCAGUUUCGUUUAUACCGUUAUGCUCUGACAGCCGACAUCGUAAAGAUGUUCCAACAAAGCACAGCAUCGACGCCGUUUUUAUCAACUAGAAGUUUACAAUAUUUGGCCGAUAAAUAUAAGGACAAAUACCCAUUAGGCUCUCCACUUCUUAAAUCGUCAUUUUUUGUGGAUGAUUUUAUUGGCGGAGCCGACUCCAGUGAAGAACUUGUCGAAAUUAAACAUCAACUGACUGCAAUUCUGAAGGAAGGUUGUUUUGAAUUGGAUAAAUGGCAUUCUAAUCAUGUGGAUUUUGUAAGCGACACUACAACGAAGAGUUGGGAUCUGGGUUCGGAUACGAUCACUAGCGCAUUGGGCAUCAAAUGGCAUCAACUUCAUGAUGUGUUUCUAUUCUCUUUCAAUGUCCCGAUUAGUCGUACGGUAACAAAACGUUCUAUUCUAUCACUGGCCUCAUCACUGUUCGAUCCUCUUGGGUUACUCGCUCCACUUGUACUUGUUUCAAAAAUUAUUAUGCAAGAACUCUGGCUGCUUCGUUUGAAUUGGGAUGAGUCAGUACCUCAAGCUCUUCACUCUACAUGGGAAACGUUCGUUCAAGACCUCCAUACACUUUCUUCUAUGAAGAUACCGCGAUUUUGCCUAACAAUAGGCCCUCAACAAGUAGACAUCCACGGAUUUUGUGAUGCCUCAAUAAGAGCAUAUGGAUGUUGCAUUUAUCUUCGUUCUCAGGAUAAGUCAGGUAACGUGACAGUCAAACUAUUUACUGCAAAAUCCCGCGUAGCUCCGAUAAAGAGGAAAUCGUUGCCUAAGUUAGAGUUAUGUGGUGCGUUACUACUUGCCAGGUUAUUACAAAAAAUUCAGCCGACACUCGCUCACCUCGAAGGAGAAACAUUUUUUUGGACGGAUUCCCAAAUAGUUCUGCAUUGGUUGAAACAACAUUCCUCGACUCUGUCUGCCUUUGUAGGCAACCGUGUGGCUGAAAUCCAAGAUAUAACUCGCGCUGGUCAGUGGCAGCACAUAUCUACAAAAAUUAAUCCAGCUGAUAUUGUUUCUCGUGGUUGUACCAAUCGCCAACUAACGGAGUCUACGUGGUUCACUGGACCAGAAUUUUUAUUACGUGAAAGAAAACAUUGGCCUCAACCAGAACAUAGCAAUUUAGAUAUGGAAGUAGUCAAUAAGGAAAGAAGAAAACUUGCGUUUACUCAGGUAACUAAAGAAAAUUAUUUGCUGACAGUUAUAUCAAGGUAUGGCUCCUAUACUAAAAUACUACGAAUAGUAGCGCAACUACAUCGAUUCCAUCAGUUAACCAAGUAUAAAGAGAAAGCUGACGUAGAGUUCAUUCAACCUAUGCAAUUACAAAAAGCACUGCAUUGUAUUGUUUGGAUUAUCCAAAAUCAUUUUUUUUCUCAGGAUAUACAAGGCCUACAGCGAGGUAACCCAGUGGAAAGGUCACUCAAGCACCUAAACCCAUUCUUGGAGGAAGCGUCAGGUUAUCAACUCUUAAAGGUAGGAGGGCGUCUCGCACUUAGUGACAUUGCCAGGGGUCAGCGACAUCCGAUUCUACUGCCUAAAGGCUGUUAUUUUGUGGAAUUGUACGUUCGGCAUCUUCAUCUGAGCAACUAUCAUGCAGGAGCCAAGGCAUUAAUCGCCCUUACUCGACUUAAGUUUUGGAUACUAAACAUUCGCGAUAUUGCGCGUCGAACGGUUCGGUCUUGCAUUCACUGCGUGCGUUAG